AAAUCCAAAAACCUUAUUAAACCCUUCGUCAGCUAUACUUCUUCCCCUCCUCUGCAUCUCUCCGGUGAACUCCUCGCCGUCAGUUUCUCCGGCGUAAUCCAUUUAGUCAGAGAUAUAGUAGCUAUUAUGGCGGAUGAGGUGCCACAGCCUUUAAAUUAUAUACCGGAAGUGAUUCUAAAGAAGAGGAAAAAUAAUGAAGAAUGGGCAAUUAGAAGGAAACUCCAGCUGGAACAGAAAGUCAGAAAGCUCAAAUCUGAUAGCUUUGUUAUCAAGAAGCCCGAGCAGUUUAUUCGAGAGUACAGGGAUAAGGAGAUGGACCUUGUCCAAAUGAAACAAAGGGGAAAGAAAAGAAUCAAGCGAGCCUUGAUCACGCCAGAUUCCAUUCUUCUAUUUGUCAUACGUGUUGGAGGGAAAAGUGAUAUGCAUCCGAAGACAAGGAAGCUUUUAUACUCUUUAAGGCUGCGAAAAAUCUUCAGUGGAGUGUUUGUAAAGGCAAAUGCAAGAAUAAUGGAAAUUCUGCAAAAGGUGGAGCCUUAUGUCACAUAUGGAUACCCCAAUCUGAAGAGCGUGAAGGAUCUGAUUUACAAGAAAGGUACUGGAAAAAUUGACCAGCAAAGGGUGCCUUUAACUAGCAAUGACAUCGUGGAACAGACACUAGGUCAGCAUGGCAUCAUAUGCUUAGAAGACGUCGUGAGCGAGAUUGCUAAUGUUGGUCCACACUUCAAGGAGGUCUCUAGCUUUCUAUGCCGCUUUGCUCUCACCAAGCCAGAGAAAGCUUUGCAGGGAAAGAAGAGGCGAUACAAGGAUGGCGGCGAUUCAGGAAAUCGUGAGGAUCACAUCAAUGAAUUGAUCUCUAAGAUGAAUUAGCAUAGACAGGUCCUAGUUUCCAGAUCAAAUGUUGUUGAGUGUUAUCAUUGCGGUUUUGGUGUGGGUUAUUGUAAGAUGGAGCACCUAAAUCACUGUCAACAUGGCAUAACAGCUGAAGAAAUGAAAUGUUAGGUGGGAAUCUUUUCCCUUCACCCAUUCAUUUAUCUCA